AUUCCUAUCAGAGUCAUCACCGAACCAUAGAAAUCCAGCUUUGAACGGAGGAAAGUCCCAGACCUCAUUAUCAGGCAAUUGAUUAGCCCGUUUUUGGUAAUAUCCUCGAACAGCUAAAUUACUUGCAUCUACUUAGUUGUUCUAUGAAUUAUGAUUUGACGAUCAUGGGAUAGAUUAUACAGGCAUGGGGGUGAAACCUGAUGUGGUUGACCUCAGAAACUUUGUAUAAGGCAACUCCUGAGAUAAUGACUUUAGUGGUUAGCAAAUUGGCAUCUAUCAAUGAAUAGUAUAUAAAGGGGACGAUGUUUCCUUUUCUUUUUCAAAUACUUUUCACUAAACAACAUCAAUCAAUUUUUCAACAAUGCAUUUUUCAAAGACUCUAUUAACCACAGUUGCCCUUUCAUUAAUCAAGCUAUAUACUAGAGAUGAAAAAAACUCAUCAUUACCAACCGUUAGAAUCUUUGGUACAGGUGGUACAAUUGCGUCAAAAGGUUCCACAUCAGCAACUACAGCAGGUUAUUCAGUUGGGUUAACAGUUGAUGAUUUAAUCGAUGCAGUUCCAGCUUUAAAAGAGGUUGCCAAUCUAGAUUAUGCUCAAAUUUCAAACAUUGGUUCGAAUUCAUUAAACUAUACACAUUUAAUUCCAUUACAUCAUAAUAUUAGUGAAACUUUACAAAGUGAUGAAUAUAAUGGUGCUGUUGUUACACACGGUACUGAUACAAUGGAGGAGACCGCCUUCUUUUUAGAUUUAACUAUUGAUUCACCAAAACCAAUUUGUAUUGCCGGUGCUAUGAGACCUUCCACUGCAACUUCAGCUGAUGGUUCAAUGAACUUGUAUCAAGCUGUUUCAAUUGCAGCUAGUGAUAAAUCACAAGGUCGUGGUACUUUGAUCACAUUAAAUGAUCGUAUUGCUUCUGGAUUCUGGACCACAAAGACUAAUGCAAAUACAUUAGAUACAUUCAAAGCUACUGAACAAGGAUAUUUGGGUACUUUUAUAAAUAAUGACAUUGAAUACUAUUAUCCACCUGCAAGACCUGAAGGUUAUCAAUAUUUUGAUAUUUCAAAUGUUACAGAUGCUUCUGAAAUUCCAGAAGUUAUUAUUUUAUACUCAUACCAAGGCUUAAACCCAUUAUUGAUUCAACACGCUGUGGAGAACUUGGGUGCUAAAGGUAUUGUUUUAGCAGGUUCAGGUGCUGGUUCAUGGACUAAUAGUGGUGAAGCUGUUAAUGAAGAGAUAGUCAAGAAGUACAACAUUCCAAUUGUUCAUUCAAGAAGAACUAUGGAUGGUUCAGUUCCAAAAGAUGAUGCUCCAGAGUACGGUAUUGCUUCAGGGUUCUUGAAUCCUCAAAAGGCUAGAAUUUUGUUACAAUUAUGUUUACAUGCUGGUUACAGUAUGGAUCAAAUCAAAACUUCAUUCAGCUCGGUCUAUGGUGGUUAA